AUGGCGGCGCGCAGGCCCCCCGUCAAGAGUCGCGAGUUUGAUUAUUCAAAUGUUGGAAAAGCCGGAAGGCGAACUGGAAUUACAUUAAAGGAAGGCAAACGCGAUGAACAUGGCAUGGAAGAGAUUGAGGGAAUGUUCUCUUCCCCCGAGAAAUCCCCCGUGAGAACGAAUGGAUUUGCCAAUGAUGGAUUAAUGAAUUCCGAAGAGAUGGAGACAGGUGGAAGCAGUAGUAUUCCUGACCCAUCAGAUGUUUUAUCUGCCAGACGAGGAGGUCGAAAUGCAUACCUACCUCCACCACGAUCUCGCUCUCCGAUGAAAACACUCAUGAGUGGAUCUCCUCGACGAACUCCAGGGUUGCGCUCAUCCCCUCUCCCACAGAGCGAGUUCUCUAGUCCCACAUCUGCGCGUGUGGCCGCAAAACGAACAAUUAACAUAACUCAUCCGCUUCCUCAAACCUCAAGGUCUCCUUUGAAACAAGUUCGGUCGCUCCAACCUCAGCCUGAGGAGGAUGAGGAAGAUGAGGAGGGUGAAGAGGCAGAGGAAGAGGGCGCUGCAGGCGAAGACGUGGAGGAAGGGGAAGAUAUGGAGGAAGAUGGUGAGGCUGGACAGGAAGCUUCUGAGGCAGUGGCUGAUGAUGCCGCUGACUUCUCUGACGAUGGCAAUUAUUUGAUUGAAGACGAAGCAGAAGAUAACCAACUUGCUGAUUCUGCUGAUGAUGACCAUGAAAGUGCCGCACAUGAUGAUGUAGAUGCACAAGUGUCUGAGGUAGAAGCGGAGCUAUCAGAGGACUCGCCGCCGCCAGUACUGAAUAGUUUGAAUAAAGGCAAAAAGCACAAAGAGGCCGACAAGGCAGCUGGGAAGAAGAAUGGCGAAAAUAUAGUCACAGAUCCUCCUGCUAAGCGGCGUGGCAGGAAACCAAAAAGCCAACGGGAAGAACGAGACCCAGAAAAUCGUGAAGAUGAGAACCCACGACCUGCAAAGAAAUCCAAGAAGGCAACUACUCAGUCUAGUAAUCUUCAAAUGACCGCUGAACAAGAGAAGGACUUGAAAAACGUCGUGGACAAUAUUACUAAAAAUGACGGACCACUUAAUAAGAAACGCAGUUUAUAUAUCCUACGACGAGAAACACCAUCAGAUGAGACCGUUCGGCAUACUCGCUCUGGCAGAGUAUCUGUCCGGCCGUUGGCAUAUUGGCGUAAUGAGAAAUGUGUUUACGGAACCGGCGAGGCAGAAGUUGGUCAUAGAUUUCCUCUGUCAACAAUUAAGGAGAUCAUUCGAACAGAAGACCCUGAUCUCGAACAAGGAGGCAAGAAACGAAGUUCGAAAAAGAAAUCAAAGAACAAGAAAAAAGGAGGAAAUGAUUCGGAUGAUGAGCCUGAUGAAGGUGUCGAACCCUGGGAGACGCAGGAAGGCGUGUUCUAUGGCCCCGUAAAGAUAUGGGAUCCAGAAAAGCAGACUGGUACUCAAGAAGAAGAAAUGAUGGAUGUUGCCUAUGCUCCUUCGGCAAUCGAGACACAUGAAGUCAAAGAUUCUACAUUUCGCUUUGCCAAAAUCCUUAGCACACCAUUUCUCGGGUCUGGAUUCGUGGAAAUGCCUCCAAAUGCAGUCAAGAAACAGAAAAAUUCGAAGCGAAUGCACAUGGUUUUUUUCGUUUAUUACGGUAGAAUUCGAGUUGAUAUUGCAGGUCUUCAGUUUAGUGCAGGGAAAGGCUGUGUUUUCCAAGUUCCCCGAGGGAAUAAUUACAGCUUUGCAAACGAGUAUAAAAAGCCUGCUGCAAUAUUUUUUACGCAGGGCUGCAUACCCCUAGAUGCAGAUGGAAAUGUUGACACUGGUGUGACAGCUCCACCCCUACCAGAGGCGGCCCCGACUCAUCCCAAAGGCAACGCUGCUGAGAAGGGAGGUAAAAAGAGAGGUCGUCCUAAACAAAGUGCUCAAGCGGGAUGA